AUGGCGCCACCGCAUUUUCUACUGGUAACGUUCCCAGCGAGAGGUCACGUGAACCCAUCUCUCCGUUUUGCUCGUCGGCUCGUCAAAACCACCGGUGCACGUGUCACAUUCGCCACGUCUCUCUCCGUCUUCCAUUGCUCUAUGAUACCAAACCAGGACAACGUGUACAACAACCUCUCUUUCCUUACCUUCUCCGACGGAUUCGACGACGGUGUCGUCUCCAACACCGAAGACGUCCAAACGCGGUUGCUGAACAUCAAACGCAACGGCGACAAAACGCUGUCGGAUUUCAUCGAAGCUAAUCAGAACGGUGACUCUCCCGUGACUUGCUUGAUCCACACGAUACUUCUCAACUGGGCUCCCAAAAUGGCGCGUAGGUUACACCUUCCCUCUGCUCUUCUCUGGAUCCAACCGGCUUUGGUUUUCGACGUUUAUUACAAUCACUCCACCAUAAACAACAGUUCUGGUUUCGAGUUCCCGAAUCUUCCCGCUCUCACAAUCCGUGAUCUUCCUUCUUUCCUCUCACCUUCCAACACAAGCAAAGCCACACAAGAAGUGUAUCUUGAACUGAUGGAGUUUCUCAAACAAGAAACCAACCCGAAGAUUCUAGUCAACACGUUCGAUUCUCUGGAGCCAGAGGCCUUAAACGCAAUCCCAAAUAUCAAACUGGUGGCCAUUGGUCCUUUACUCCCUGAGGAGAUUUUCACAGGAAGAGAAUCAGUUAAAGAUAAAAGUAGUUAUACACUUUGGCUAGACUCGAAAACAGAGUCCUCUGUUAUAUAUGUUUGUUUUGGAACAAUGGUUGAGCUGUCGAAGAGUCAGAUAGAGGAGCUAGCGAGAGCACUCAUAGAAGGAAGAAGACCGUUCUUGUGGGUUAUAACUGAUAAAUCCAACAGAGAAGCGAAGAUAGAAGGAGAAGAGGAGACAGAGGUUGAGAAGAUAGCUAGUUUUAGAGACGAGCUAGAAGAGGUUGGGAUGGUUGUGUCUUGGUGUUCGCAGGUGGAGGUUUUAAGACACCGAUCCGUAGGUUGUUUUGUGACUCAUUGUGGGUGGAGCUCGACGCUUGAGAGUUUGGUUCUAGGCGUUCCGGUGGUGGCGUUUCCGAUGUGGUCGGACCAACCCACGAAUGCAAAGCUUCUGGAAGAAACAUGGAAGACAGGUGUGAGGGUGAGAGAGAACGAGGAAGGAUUGGUGGAGACAGGAGAGAUUAGGAAGUGUUUAGAAGCAGUGAUGGGGAAAGCUGAGGAGCUGAGGCAAAACGCAGAGAAAUGGAAGCGUUUAGCGUUUGAAGCGGGUGGAGAAGGAGGUUCUUCGGAUAAGAACAUGGAGGCUUUUGUGGAGAUUGUUUUGAGGUUGAGUGAAACAUAA